CCAAUCAGAGUUGCGCUGGACGUGAACUACGCUUUGAAGCGCAUGCAUGACGACGCAUACAAUUUGAGUGGGGGGUGGGGGGGUAGUUAAUUUUGGAUUUGUUGCGACGAUCGGAAGUCGGGACACGCUGAUGUGGAAUAAGUUGUUCCAGGGACGUUGUUGUGUUACUCGACUAACACUGUCCUGACGUCCCAUGAGUGUUUUGUAGCAUGCCACGCAGGCAGCUAACAGCUUUGUUGAAAAGAAACUUGAACCGAGAAGACAGUUGCCGCCCACUUGAUGUGAUACUUUGACAUCUUGGACAUCUUAUUCCCCAUGAUGAUUUGGAGGUACCUGCGGAGCAGCAGGAGGGUCCUUGGGUUUGUGUUCGUGGCUUCUGUCAUUUGGCUGCUGUUGGACAUGGCAGUCCUCCGCAUGUCCGACGGUGACGCCAACAGUCGUCUAAUGAGGGAGAAAGUGAUCCUCGAGCAGGGGUUGGCCAGGCACCAGGACAAAGUCACCCAGGGGGGUUUAGGGGAGCCACGCGUGAAUGGGGAGGACGAAAAGUCGGACAGAAGGAAUUCCCAACCGGUCAAACUUUCCAGACGUCGGGAAAAGGAGCAAGUUCAAGAUGAUGCCAAUCAGGUUAAACCAAAUGCAAUUGUUCAAGAUGAUGCCGGUCAGGUUAAACCAAAUGCAGUUGUUCAAGGUGAUGCCAGUCAGGUUAAACCAAAUGCAGUUGUUCAAGAUUUGUCUUUGAUUGCCGCACCAAAAAAUGACUCUAUUGCACUUAAAGCGGAGGAGGUGCUCGAACCUGUGAAGGCAACUCCAAGUAUAAGACUUCAAGCGUCCAAUCGGCACCAGGAUGCUAAAAAACUACCUGGAAAGGCGAAGAAACAAAUUGAAGAACUUCCUGUUCAAGGACCACGCAACACUUCUUCAGUGAAGCGGGACGAACAAAAUGGAGAGAUAUUAGACAAUAACAUCAAAGUGGUCCAAGUGAAAGACACCCACUCCGUUAAGGCAAGUGUUCACCAGGUUCUGUCUAUCGACCUGACUGCGGCCCCCAGAGAUCCGAAAGCCGUCGGCCAGUACGGCCUGGCGGGGACUGUCCCCAGCGAAAUGGACUUGAUAGUGAAGAAGAGGUGGCACGAGGGCCAAUUCAAUGUCUACCUAAGCGAGCUGAUCCCAUUGGACCGUGCCCUUCCUGACACCAGGCCUGAGAUCUGCACCCGCAACAUGAUCCACGACGACCUGCCGUCCACCAGCGUGAUCUUCUGCUUUGUGGACGAAGUGUGGUCCACCCUGCUACGCUCCGUUCACAGCGUCCUCAAUCGGUCGCCGCCGCAUCUCCUCAAGGAGAUCAUCCUCGUGGAUGACUUCAGCAAAAAACCCUACCUCAAGGAUAACCUUGACAAGUACAUGGAAAAGUUCCCCAAGGUCCGGGUCAUUCACCUGAAGGAGCGUCAAGGCCUCAUCAGGGCCCGGAUGGCUGGAGCGGCUGUUGCUAAAGGUGACGUUCUGACUUUCCUGGACUCGCACGUGGAAUGUAACAUGGGCUGGCUGGAGCCUCUGCUGGAGCGCAUCCGCACUGACCGCACCAAGGUACCCUGUCCCGUCAUCGAAGUCAUCAGCGACCAGGACUUAAGUUAUAAGCUGGUUGACAACUUCCAGAGAGGAAUUUUCCACUGGCCUCUCGUGUUUGGCUGGAACGCCCUAUCAGAAGAGUACGUCAAGAAGAACAACAUGACGCCGGCCGAUCCCAUCAGAUGCCCCGUAAUGGCCGGAGGGCUUUUCUCCAUCGAUAAAAAAUACUUCUAUGAACUGGGCGCCUAUGAUCCCGGCCUGGAGGUGUGGGGAGGGGAGAACAUGGAGCUUUCUUUCAAGGUCUGGAUGUGCGGGGGCCAAAUCGAGAUCAUCCCCUGCUCGCGGGUGGGCCACAUUUUCCGAGAGCAGAACCCGUAUCAGUUCCCCUUGGACCGGCACAGGACGGUGGAGCGCAACUUGGCCCGGGUGGCCGAAGUGUGGAUGGACGAGUACAAGGAGCUAUUCUACGGCCACGGCAACCUGCACCUGUUGGACAAACCUCUCAUGGACAUCGGCAACCUGACCGAGCAGAUCCAGCAGAGAAACAAGCUCAAAUGCAAGAGCUUCAAGUGGUACCUGGACAACGUCUAUCCCGAGUUAGAAGCUCCUUUAGUCAAAGCUGCGGGUCUGGUCUUCAAUCGAGGAUUGAGGAGUUGUCUUUCCAUCCAAAAUGGCAUUCUCGUCUUUGACACGUGUCAUCUCAGCAGUCAGAGUCAGCACUUCAACUACACGUGGCUGAAGCAGGUCCGCCAGCAGGAUGUGUGCUUGGAGCCCGGCGCCAAACAAAACUCGUUGACUUUACAGCCAUGCGGCGACAGCAGAAGCAGCAAUAGCCACAAACCGCAACGCUGGCUACACAAAUCCUCCCAGUCCAAACUGCCAGAGCACUUGAUGGUCGAGAAGGACUCCAAGCAAAUGUGUCUGGAAGCAGCAGCAAAAGAGGCCGUCCUUCACCUCGCCCCCUGCAACGCCAACAACCUCUUCCAGCAAUGGCAGUUCACAAACUACUACUCUGAGUGAAAAUAUCCUCAAAAUGGAUAUACAAAAUAGGGAAUAAGUGUUUUUUUUUUUUUAAUGUAACGCAGGGACAGUGAAAAUGUGCAAUGGUGUCAUGACCUUUUUCUACAGACUGCCGUCUUUUUCUUACCACUCCAUUGCCUCUACGGGUUCUUAAAAUUUAAACCCAUGUGGUUGAGUUUGACUUUUUAAAGCUCUACACAAAAUGUAGCAAACAACUUUGGUGCCUGGUUUGUAUCCUGUGAAUGUCUCAGACUACAUCAUGGUAACUGAAAACUUUUUGAAUUGAAUUUGUCUUAAACGGGUAAGAACUGAGAUGUUACUUUUUUAAAGGGGGUUUACUUACUCUGUGGUUUUAAACGCUGCAUCAAUUGGGUGCUUGGAACGCUCUCCUUGUACAGUUGUGCUUUUGACACAAGAGAGCGCUGUUUACCUGAAACGAUAAGAGUCUGAGGCAAAAUUUGGUUUUGUUGUGGUUUGUUUUGGGAAAAAAUGUGCAAAUAAAAUGACCAGAAAUCCAGAUUAAA